UUCAUUACGGACUUUCUAUAGAGUGGCACCAGUGGUAUCUACAUGGCAUGCAUCGGAAAUGUUUACGAAGAAAUGGAUUCAAGGGAAACACAUGAAUGUAAAAUACUUUAUUCGGUUGUAACAACCGAGUUUUAUUUUUAGUUAGGAAACCACUAACUAGUACGGACUAACUAUACAAUAUGAGCGAGGAAAGUCUGAUGUUCCGAGAAAUUGAAGAAAAGCCAAACAACGAGGCUGCCAAGCCCCUCUGGACUCCCAGCAACAAUAACUUCAGAUUUGAUUUUUUCCCUGAGGACUCGCAGACCCAAAAAGAAGCAUCAUCACAGAGUCCAUUGCCCAAUACAGGACUGAAGAUCACAAUGAACUCCCAAAACCCUGGCGCAAUUAGAGAUAACGUGGCAGCAGAGACUUCAUCCCCUAAGGAUGAAAAUGGCAUCACUGUGCCGGAGGAUAGCAGCUCCCUGCUUGCACAAUCAAAAGCAAAGAAAAAGAAGAAACGUGGAAAGAAAAUGUCCACGGCGAAUGCAGAGGCACCCACAGAGACAAGUGCAAUUGAAGCGAGUCAAGCAGGCAAAAACACAGAGAUGAGUGCGGAAGAAGAGUUUAAAAGACAGCUUCACUGGUGCGUUGAGCAGCUAGAACUGGGAAUGAAGUCACAGAAAGCUACUACGACGCAGAAGGAGGAUGCAUCUCAUGCCCUUAAGACAUUACGCAGCUCCAAAGCUCCCCUGGUGAAGAAGAGGCAAAUGAUGAGGGCCAUGGCGGGAGAUUACAGAAAAAAAAUGGAAGACGAACAGAGCAAGCAAUUCAAACUUAUCCAAAGUGAACUUGCAUCCGCUCAACUCAAAGUUAAGUCCGAGUCGCCCAAAAAAUCGGUUUUCCAUCGGAGAGCUGAAGGCAAACAUGAGGAUUAUCGGCAGCAAAGUGAGGGUCAGGAGUCAGAAAAUUCCUUUGCGUUUACCGCAUCAAAGGAGGCGUUUCGCUUCAAUUUUCUCUAAUUUCAGCCUUUAGGACAAGUUGAGUAGCUUUGAGUUUGGAAACAAUCAUAAGUGUCCUAUUAAUAAUGCUUCACUCUCUGUUUUUAGUAAAUAAAGUAAAUCUUGUUGGAGAAUUACAA